AUGGCCGGUCUCUCGUUUUCAAUUCUCGUCGCUGCAUUUGCAGCUUUCUCUCUGGCUCAUUCAACGCCCUUAUUUCCUUCUGGAACUGGGCCUGACUUCAACCGACUUGCGAGACGCCAGUCGAUCACUACGCUUUUGAUGGACCAAAUCUCUACGUUCAAGCCGUUCUCAUUCUUCGCCAGUGCGGCAUAUUGUAACCCGAGCGUAACGAGGAACUGGAGCUGUGGAGCAAACUGCGACGCAAAUCCCGGAUUUGAGCCUACCGCAUCAGGAGGUGAUGGAGUUGUCGAUCAGUUCUGGUACGUAGGAUUCGAUCCCGCUCUCAACUCCCUUGUCGUCGCGCAUCAGGGUACUGAUAAAGACAAGAUUAUCCCACUUGUGACCGAUGCCGACAUCGUAAAGGUUAAUCUUGAUCCAAAUCUUUUUCCGGGUAUAGACGAUUCGAUCCAGGUCCACGAUGGAUUUGCAGACUCCCAUGCCCGAGUGGCACCGGAUGUGCUAUCUGCUGUGCAGACCACUCUUUCUGCUCACCCCGAUGCAAGUGUGACGAUGGUUGGGCACUCGCUCGGUGCAGCGCAAGCACUACUCGAUUCAGUCUUCUUGCCACUGCACCUACCUUCCGGCACAAAGUACAAGUACGUUGGUUACGGUCUACCACGCGUCGGGAACCAAGCCUUCGCAGACUAUGUCGAUUCUCAUGUCACCGACCUCACGCAUGUGACAAAUAAAGAAGACCCUAUUCCGAUCGUUCCUGGUAGGUUCUUGGAGUUUCAUCACCCUUCGGGUGAGGUACGCAUCCAGGACUCAAACCAGUGGAAAGCGUGUCCUGGCCAGGAUAACGAUUCUAACGAGUGCAGUACUGGGGCCGUAUCUGACUUCUUCUCUGCGGUCGCUGAAGGGCACCUCUCGAACCAUGAUGGUCCUUACGAUGUAGUUACGAUGGGUUGCUGA